AUGCCGACGCCGGAGUGGAGGAGGAUAUCAGACGAAGCUUACUUCUCUGAUCUUCUCUAUCCUUGCAGUGAUGACCUGCCUCAGGUGCAACCCGCAGGUCCACCCACCGAUACGUUUGCCAUUGAAUACGUGAAAAUACUUGGCGAGCGAACGACGGCGUGCCUAGGGCACGCCAGCAAGCUUCUGUCCGUGAAUCUGCCGCAAAGCUGCUCCACCCUACAAGAUGUCAUGGAAGCGCCGGACCAGGUCACUCUGCAGAGUCUGAGCCAGGCGCAAGCGUUGAGCAGCUUGUACGGCUUCCUGGUGAGCCACGCGGCGUACGCCUUCUUCGUGAGCGAGCAGGCCGAGAAGUACGCGAACAGCUCGUGUGCCAGUCCCAACGAGCACACGCUGGCCGAGAACAGCCGCACGCUGGCAGCCCAGCUGCGCGACUUGCUGUGCACCAUCAAGCUGACGGCCAGCGUCCACGGCGGAAACGUCGAGUUCGGCGCCUCCGAGGAACGCGUGGCAUCGCUGCGCGUCUGCGACGAGAGCACUUGCAGCAGGAGGCUACUCAGGGACUGCCAGGUGGUGGCCAGCGUGGCAAACGUGCUGCGCACCUUGCAGCGCUAUCUCAUGGGCUUACAACCAGACGAGGCGAGCUGAUGGUGUCUCGCAUCUCACCUAGUUCCCCUACUCAAUUUUCAAGCGCCAAAGACGGUCGCCCACGUCUAAUGCCUGCGGACCCUCAAUCUCCUGAGAACUCUGCCCCGGUUGGGAUGCAGGCCAAGUGGGAGACGCUCCUGGCUCUGUUAGCCUGCGCGCGUGCUCUGUUUCCAGAAGGACACCUUGUGCAAGUGUGUGGAUGAGGGCGGCCUGAGUCUGUCCUUUGGGGUUGCGUGUGUUCACAACUCACUAUUUAUUUUGUCAGCGCUCAUGACUACCAUCGUCGACUUCCAUCUGUUCGCCGUUUUGUUUUGUCGCGUCAUUCUUGUAUUUAUUUAUUUAAGCCUAUUUAUUGUGCCUAAAAGUAGAUAUAGUGACGAAAGUGG